AUGCGAUUUGUCACGUCGAUUGUAUUCCGACUGCCAACUUCUCUUCCUCUUUCUGCACUUCACCUCAAUGUUCAAUUGGUGACGAUCCCUCGCUCCCGCUUGGCUCCUUACACCAGCUCGCUAGACAACGUCAAUCUCGUCAAUCUAUUCACCCUCGGUCUCCCCGUUAUGCAAGCUCCGGGGCACCACUCUGGACGGGCUGGCGAUGUCGUGACCCUCCCUCCAGAACUUGUCCGUCACAUUGUCUCCUACCUCAACCCAAAGAAAGACCAACGAUCCUUGAUCAACGUGCUCGCCGUGUCCACGACUUGGUGGGACGCCGGUGCGCAAGUUCUCUACCAGGACAUGACCCUCGACCCGGAGCGACUGCGACUGCUUAUAUCCGGUGGCCAACCUGCUGAACUGGCCGAGCGGCACAAACUCAUUGCCCCCACGCAGAGGGCCGUGACCCGCAGCCUCCAUCGCAGACUUCAACCGCCUGGAGGCAUGUUGAGUCCACGUACGCGACGUGCAUUGCAGUUUGUCGAACGUUUGACGCUCAUCGCGUCCUUCUCGGAAGCCGACUAUGUCAUGUUCUGUGCCAUCGCUGGUGCCGUCCCCAACACUCCACUGUUCCCACGUGUGCGCACCCUUUGCUACCGCACGCGUUCGGACUCGCUGUUUGGAGACUGGUAUCGCGGCAGAAUUCCCAAAGCCGCAGGACCAGGGGUUGUCUUCUUUGACUGCCCCGACCUGUGCUUGGUAGGGGCCCAAAGUGUUAUACUUUUCUGCCUACCAGCCAGACGCAUACAGAGUAUCACGUGCCAUUUUCUGUUAACGGACGAUUUGCUCAAUCACCGCCUUCCACGGCAAGGCGAGUCGGUGGUGGUCUAUGAAGACUUUGCCGGUCGCCUCGCUUCAGUGGUAGAGAUGAACUCGUGCCUCCUAAAGUGGGAGCGCGAGCUGCAGAAACAAUCGGACGUGAACGUUCGUAUCUGUAUUCGGUCGUCAGAAGCGGGCAGGUUCGAUAUUCUAGCCAGGCUUGCUGGGAGUGUUGGAUGGGAACCUCAAGCCACAGCCAAGAUCCAGCUUCUGUUCUAUGGAGACAACGGAAUCGGGUGCCCCCCCUGUGUGGUGUGCGGUAAGUCCCAGUGGUCGACUUCAGCUCAUGUCAUUAGGACAAACCUGGCUCGCAAAACACUACUGGACCGCACCACAGCUAUCAUACAACCUCUGACAACGCUUAGAGUAUCGGUCCGGCAAGUGGCGCAACCCCACCACCACACCCGGCCCCCCGGUGACAUGGACAGCCAUCGGGGACAAGGUACAAGUGUUUUGAGCAUCUAG